GUUGAUCCUUGACCCACAUUGGAAGGACUCGGUAUGUUUAAUAUUCUACAAUGACCGACAAUUCUACAGAGAGCCUUAUGGCAUGCCAGCAGGACAAAACAAUCUCUCAUUUGCUGGCCAUCACCUCAGGACAACUUAUUUGAAGUGUCUCCAGUGUUCAAGGCUAACUCCAGAGAUCUAAGAGCACAGAACAUACCGCCAGCAAACACAGCACAUGCAAGAAGAUGAUCAACUCUUUUCUUCACCCUUCUCCAUAGAAAGUGCAAAACCUACUGGUGUCUCAAGCUUCCAGGCUCCUUUUCAUACAGUCUGUGAAAGAAACACCUUGUGAGGUGUCUCCCUCUCUCUCUGUCUCUGUCUGUCUGUCUGUCUCUGUCUCUCUCUCUCUCCCUCCAUUCCUCUUUUGCUCCCCCUCCCAUUUCCCUCCUUGCCUCCAUUUCACCAUCUCUUCCACUCUCUGUCUCCAUCCCCAUCCUUCUACCCUCCCAUAUUCACUCCCCCCAUCCACUUUCUACCUCCCUACUUCCCUAUCUCUCUCUAUGGAUUCUUCCCUUCCUUCUGCACUCUGUCACUCUCUCCCUACCACCCUCCACCCUCUGUCCCUAAAUCCCUUCCCCCCUUCUCUCCACAUCUGUGUUUGUCUCUCUCUUCGUGUCUUCCUCUGCCCCUAACCCCACCCAUGGUCGUGACUUUAUCUUCCCUUAGGAUAUUUGUGAGCAUGAUGUGUGUGUGUUUGUGUGUGUGUGUGUGUUUGUGCUUGUGUGUGCCCGCAUGUGUGUACGUGUUUGUGUGUGCGUGUGUGCGUGUGUGCGUGCAUGCAUGCAAAUGUGUGUAUGUGUGUGUGUGGUCUGAGGGUGUGCCUGUUCACAAUUGUCUCUGUGUGUUGCUGCCAGGUGCCUAGGGGCUGUUUGGACUUUCAUUUUGAUCUCAGUACAGGUGAUGUUCCCUCUUGUCCUCAUAGCACAGUCAGACUUGGAAAGUCAAGGAAGGGGGUCUGAAACACUCUAGAGAUAGGAUGGAGGUGGUGAUGUCUUUGGAUCUCAGACCAUGAUGUUGGGAUCGUCAGUGGGUGGUCUUGUCUUUGUAAGCUGAUUGAAUCCGGAUGGGAUGAACUGAGCAUGGCUUCCAUAGGGCUUGGGAUUCCUGGAAGGCUGAGUCCAAUUCCCCAAGCUUUACUGAAGACUGCUCCCCUUCUCAUAGGUGUCCUGGUACCUGUGCCACCUGCCAGUCAAUGAAUGACAUGGCUGAUGGGAAUGGCGAGUCCUCUGACUCUUGUGUGCUCCCUGGGUGUGGGUCUAGACUGGCGACCCCGUGGCUUGCCAGGGAUGAGGAGCCUUUGGGGAGAUUUUGCUGAGUGUCAGAGGAUGCUUGAGGUCCGCCUCCUGGUGCCCUGAUGUCAGGUGCCAGGCGUGGCAGGCUUGGCGCUUCUUGGGGGCAAUGCGAGAAAGGGGUAGGCAUGUUCUGUAGCCCAAGGCGCCUAACUGGUAGGUAGUGGGCGGGACUACCUGAGCAGAGGCAGAGGUAUUUAAGGGGCAGUGGUCACAGCCACUCUGCUGGCAGUUGCUGCAGCUUGUGUUUGUUCUGAAGCUGUCCUGAGUCGAGUCUCCCAAGGUAAGGACUCCUGGGAGGCCGUCAUUGGCACCAUGGCAGAAGCUGGCAGCCCUGUUGGUGGCAGUGGUGUGGCACGGGAAUCCCGGCGGCGCAGGAAGAUGGUUUGGCAGGCCUGGCAAGAGCAGGCCCUGCUAUCAACUUUUAAGGAGAAGAGAUACCUGAGCUUCAAGGAGAGGAAGGAGCUGGCCAAGCGAAUGGGGGUCUCAGAUUGCCGCAUCCGCGUGUGGUUUCAGAACCGCAGGAAUCGCAGUGGAGAGGAGGGGCAUGCCUCAAAGAGGUCCAUCAGAGGCUCCAGGCGGCUAGCCUCGCCACAGCUCCAGGAAGAGCUUGGAUCCAGGCCACAGGGUAGAGGCCUGCGCUCAUCUGGCAGAAGGCCUCGCACUCGACUCACCUCGCUACAGCGCAGGAUCCUAGGGCAAGCCUUUGAGAGGAACCCACGACCAGGCUUUGCUACCAGGGAGGAGCUGGCGCGUGACACAGGGUUGCCCGAGGACACGAUCCACAUAUGGUUUCAAAACCGAAGAGCUCGGCGGCGCCACAGGAGGGGCAGGCCCACAGCUCAAGAUCAAGACUUGCUGGCGUCACAAGGGUCGGAUGGGGCCCCUACAGGUCCGGAAGGCAGAGAGCGUGAAGGUGCCCAGGAGAGCUUGUUGCCACAGGAAGAAGCAGGAAGUACGGGCAUGGAUACCUCGAGCCCUAGCGACUUGCCCUCCUUCUGCAGAGAGUCCCAGCCUUUCCAAGUGGCACAGCCCCGUGGAGCAGGCCAACAAGAGGCCCCCACUCAAGCAGGCAACGCAGGCUCUCUGGAACCCCUCCUUGAUCAGCUGCUGGAUGAAGUCCAAGUAGAAGAGCCUGCUCCAGCCCCUCUGAAUUUGGAUGGAGACCCUGGUGGCAGGGUGCAUGAAGGUUCCCAGAAGAGCUUUUGGCCACAGGAAGAAGCAGGAAGUACAGGCAUGGAUACUUCAAGCCCCAGCGACUCAAACUCCUUCUGCAGAGAGUCCUUUCCUUCCCAAGUGGCACAGCCCUGUGGAUCGGGCCAAGAAGAUGCCCGCACUCAAGCAGACAGCACAGGCCCUCUGGAACUCCUCCUCCUUGAUCAACUGCUGGACGAAGUCCAAAAGGAAGAGCAUGUGCCAGUCCCACUGGAUUGGGGUAGAAAUCCUGGCAGCAGGGAGCAUGAAGGUUCCCAGGACAGCUUACUGCCCCUGGAGGAAGCAGCAAAUUCGGGCAUGGAUACCUCGAUCCCUAGCAUCUGGCCAACCUUCUGCAGAGAAUCCCAGCCUCCCCAAGUGGCACAGCCCUCUGGACCAGGCCAAGCACAGGCCCCCACUCAAGGUGGGAACACGGACCCCCUGGAGCUCUUGCUCUAUCAACUGUUGGAUGAAGUCCAAGUAGAAGAGCAUGCUCCAGCCCCUCUGAAUUGGGAUGUAGAUCCUGGUGGCAGGGUGCAUGAAGGUUCGUGGGAGAGCUUUUGGCCACAGAGAGAAGCAGGAAGUACAGGCCUGGAUACUUCAAGCCCCAGCGACUCAAACUCCUUCUGCAGAGAGUCCCAGACUUCCCAAGUGGCACAGCCCUGUGGAUCGGGCCAAGAAGAUGCCCGCACUCAAGCAAACAGCACAGGCCCUCUGGAACUCCUCCUCCUUGAUCAACUGCUGGACGAAGUCCAAAAGGAAGAGCAUGUGCCAGCCCCACUGGAUUGGGGUAGAAAUCCUGGCAGCAGGGAGCAUGAAGGUUCCCAGGACAGCUUACUGCCCCUGGAGGAAGCAGCAAAUUCGGGCAUGGAUACCUCGAUCCCUAGCAUCUGGCCAACCUUCUGCAGAGAAUCCCAGCCUCCCCAAGUGGCACAGCCCUCUGGACCAGGCAAAGCACAGGCCCCGACUCAAGGUGGGAACACGGACCCUCUGGAGCUCUUCCUUGAUCAACUGCUGACCGAAGUCCAACUUGAGGAGCAGGGGCCUUCCCCUGUGAAUGUGGAGGAAACAUGGGAGCAAAUGGACACAACACCUGAUCUGCCUCUCACUCCAGAAGAAUAUCAGACUCUUCUAGAUAUGCUCUGACUCCCUGACAGUACCUCUUGCUUCUAGAAACCGGAAAGGCCAAAGUCCUGAAGAGACCCGAUUUGGAACUGGAGAAGUGACCCAUCCCAGCAAGGAUGUGCAUCAAAAACCCAACUCCAGUGACUUCCCGAAAUGCAAGGUGUCUCGCUAACUAUAAGGAUUGAUUGCAGGUGGGGAUAAUAAUGAAGUGCCUUCUCCAGGGCCCGGGGAUUAGGAAAUCAGCCCUGAAAGUGAGAGACUCUGCUACAGGGACAGAUGGAGAGGCCAAUAGUGACUCCUCAACAACAAGGAGCCUAAAGAUAACGCCAAAAGAAGGGCUACACCAAGUGACUGGCUCCAGUGGACCCCAGGAAAUCACACGGGACACUAGGACUAGGCUUCACUACAGAGGACACACACUCCCUGAGGGCAAUGGGGAGAGUGGACUCCUUCCUUGGCUUAUAUGGACUGCUGUUAUCCUUACAGAUGCUUCGUGCAGAGCUGUGCAAGGUUUUACAGGCCAGUCUUUUAAUAUCUACUACCCAUAGGUCUUUUGUUUGUUUUCUUUUUCUUUUUCACUUUCUUUUUCAUUUUUUUUCUUUUUCUUCUUUUAAGGGGUGGGUUGGCUUUGUUGGGUUUGGUUUGGUUUUGUGUAGUUUGUUUCCAUUGCUUUCAAUAAAGUUUAUUGAUUUUAACAAAAUUUGUUUGUGUGUUUGUGUGCUGUUUUGUGUGAUGAGGGGUGGGUUGAAUAGGCUGUUUUGUUCUACCCGGAGAACGUGCAUGAGAAUUCCAUUUAAAGGGAUUAAAGACAUAGGAAGGUAUUCAGGAGGGAUGCAGAGAGGCCAGGUAGAAAAGGGGAGAGAACAAGGAAGGCUGGGCUAUGUCCAGUGGAGAGACGGGCUUGCUUGAUCUAGUAACAAGCAGGUGGAAUGUCAACUGAAAGAAGAAUGUGUGUAAGGCAUAACCUUGUCAAGAAAGAUCAUCUUGGGAAUACAGUGCAGCUAGGUGUGAACAUCUUAUUCCAAGCUUGAAACACAGCCAUCAGUCUAUUCUUCAUCCAUCCAUCCAUCCAUCCAUCCAUCCAUGCCUAAAUCAAUCUGUAGAUCUUUCAAUCCUAUUGGGAUUAAUCCCCAGCACCCUCCCUAAUCCCUCUUUUGAUCUUGAGAUUCCCAGGUGUUCAAGGUCAUACUGUUUAUAUGGAGCUCCAAGUUGAUCCUUGACCCACAUUGGAAGGAGACGGUAUGUUUACCAUUCUACAAUGACCGACAAUUCUUUUUUUUUUUUUUUUUUUUUUCGUUUUCAGCUUUUUAUUUUUUUAUGACCGACAAUUCUACAGAGAGCCUUAAAGCAUGCCAGCAGGACAAAACAAUCUCUCAUUUGCUGGCCAUCACUUCAGGACAACUUAUUUGAAGUGUCUCCAGUGUUCAAGGCUAACUCCAGAGAUCUAAGAGCACAGAACAUACCGCCAGCAAACACAGCACAUGCAAGAAGACGAUCAACUCUUUUCUUCAACCUGCUCCAUAGAAAGUGCACAACCUACUGGUGUCUCAAGCUUCCAGGCUCCUUUUUAUACAGUCUGUGAAAGAAACACCUUGUGAGGUGUCUCC